AUGCUCACCCGUCUCCAGGCGCUCACCAAGGAAAACCCCAUACUCGACACGAGUGGUAUACCUCGCGGCACAAAUACAGUUUCGGAGGGCGUGGCCCCUGAUGACUGGGUUGAAUGGGCCGACUUUACAUACGAAAAUCUAACUGCCAUCUUUUCGACGCGUUUGGGAAGACGCGGCAGCGGCGUACUCUACACCCCUGAUAUUCCCGAUGGCGGUCCGCAGUCUUAUGACACCGGCACCGGCUAUUUUCCGCCGAGUACUGAGUACGCGACGGACCGGGCCGAAUCCUAUCUCCCAGCCGACUCCACCGGCAUGGUUGAUGAAAAUGUCAGUGGCGACCACAGUGGGGGUGACGACGGAAGCGAGAGAAACGAAAGCGAAGGCAGGGACGACGGCAAUGACGGUAACGAUGACGACGAUGACAGCGAAUCAAUCUUACUCCACGAUAUGUCCCAGCUUGACGCCUCCCUUGGUGGGCAUACCGACGCCACCAGUACACACCCCCAGAUGCCCGUAUAUGUGCAGGCAACCCAUGAAAAGAGUCAUGCCGGCCCCUCGCGGUGGUCUGAGGCACAUGUGGACAACCAAGUUCCCGGAGGUCCCAGUAUCGUGGCCUCCAGCAGAAGCGAUGCAGGGACGGCUGCUGCUAGAGCGCAGUCUACUGUAUCGGACGACCGGCGGAGAAUCCCCGUAACAAUUCAAAAACAUUUUAUGGGGCGUGGGUUGUACUAUGUUGACACCCGCAAUCGAAAGCAGGACACCUCAGCGUCCAAGUGGAAAAAGGUGAAAGGGGGGUAUGAGCUUCACACGAAGAAGAACAUAUACUUCACUGAGCACUUUUAG